AUGACAAAGAAGAUGUCAAAGGAAGACUGGAUGGAAUUGGUCCAGAAAGCAAAGGAGACAUCUAGCUUUUCCUUUGACAACACUAGCAGGACAGCCCAUGCUGUGUUGGAUGAGUGCUGUGAUGAAGAAGAGCAACACAGCCUCAUUCAGGAUAUAUCAGACCUGGCUCCAACAGAGUUAAACAUGAAUAGCAAAUUAAUCAAGCAAGGCAGAUUUGACCUAAAGAGGGACCUAAAAAAAGAAACUGAGGAAGCAGCUGCCGCAUUUCGAGAAAUGAUAGAAGCACUGAAAGCCAUUGAUAAAUUACAAUCAGAACCAGUGCCUUCUGUGUCAGAUUCUCUGCCAUCAGUUUUGCUGGAGCAGAGGAGUACAAAACUAAAGCUGAAGAAAGGAAAAAGGGUCAGGUUUAAUCUCCCUUCAACUGUUGAUCACAAAGACAAGUCACUGGAGGACCUUAUCAACGUGGAGAUCAUGCAGUCAACAUCAGCUCCUCUUAAGAAAAACUGCAGAUACCAUGUCUGUGGAGAAGUGUUGGGCAUGAAGGAUUUCCUUACCCUGAAAAAUCCCAAGUGGCUUAAUGAUAAGGUUAUCAAUGCAUAUUUGGCAGUUCUUCAGAGGGAACAGAAUCUAAAGAUCAUUGACCAUGUUUUUGCCAUGCCGUCCUACAUGGCAGUGUUAUGGGGCCAAGGCAAAAUAGACCAUUGGCUCUAUUCUGAUGUUAAGUUUGCAAUGUACAAAUGGAUAUUCCUGCCAGCAAACGUGAGUGGGAAUCACUGGGUCCUCCUUGCAGCCAAUGUACCUCAAGCAGCUGUGUCUGUGCUCGACUCCAUGGGUGGCAACAAUCAGGCACUUAUUGAGAACUGGAAAAGGUACAUGACCAUACGCUCAGAAAAAACUGGAGAACUCGGAAAUAAAGUAUGGAAAACUGGGGAUCUGGUGUCUUCCAGACAGAAAGAUGGCAAUGCUUGUGGGUCCUUUGUGAUGCUGAAUGCUCUUGCGCUGUCCAAGAAUAUGGACCUUAAGGAUGUCUCACAUUCCCUUUCUCUGAACAUGAGGGAGUUUGUGUGGUGCAAACUACUUGCAGCAUCUGAAGAGCCUCCUUCUCAAAGGAGCAAAUGUGACAUGGUGGGCUGUACCUCCCCAAAAAGAGCAACAUGGGUUGCAUGCAACGUUUGUGGGAGAUGGUCACAUCUGCCUUGUGUAGGACUUAAAGAUGCUCCGAGGAGUGACUACAUUUGCCCCAUAUGUGUUGCUCAGUAUCAGUGAGCGUUUUUACCAAGUGUCAUCGUCAUCUGAAUAACCAAUAGUAGCAUUAUUUUUGUAUCAUAAUAUUUUUGAGAACUAUUCAUGUGCAGUGAAGUAUUUCAAAUGAUUGUGACAUUCAAGGUUAUUACAAGCAUACGAAGUAUUGUAGUACAAUUCACAACUAGGAAGGAAGGGAAACCUACUUGUGAAUUUUGAAAAACAUUCAUACUGUACUUCUGGAGAAUAGUGAUAACCAACUUGCCAGUCAAAAUCCAAGAUGGCGGCCAGCGGCCAUGUUGCUUCUUGAAUCAGCCCAAAAAAAGACAAUUGGACAACUAGGAACCGAGAUGGGCCUACAUAUCAAAUGUGAAAAAAGAUUCAUUCAGUAAUAUCUGAAAAAUAGUGAUAACGAAAGACAGUACAAUGCACAACGGGAGAGGGGAACCUACAAAAAAAAUGGAAAAAAAAGUGGUAACAAAAUGGACUGACCAUGGACCAGAACCAAAGGCAAACUUGAACAUCCUACUUUCUUAUGAUGGUGGGCUGCAAAUUAGGAAUCAAAUGCCAGUGAAGGCAGUGAGAGAGUCUUGAUCUGGUUCUAUCUGUUGUGAUAUUGAAAUGAAAACAAAUAAAAACCAGACAAUGAUGUGUGAGAGUGUAGAUCUGGUGGUAUCUGUUGUAAUAUUGAAAUGACAACAGAUAGAACCAGAAAAUGAUGUGACAGGGUGUAGAUCUGGUGGUAU